AUGAUCGCACGCAUCUUCGACCGCAGUCAAGCUCCCUGGGGUCUCAAAUACAGAACGAGUAACUGGUUUAUUGUUCUCACAGUGUCGUGUGCUGUUUUUACCGACAUCUUUCUCUAUGGAGUUAUUGUCCCGGUUAUCCCAUUUGCGCUGCAGGAAAGGGCGAAUGUGGGCGAAGACCGAGUUCAGUACUGGGUAUCGGUCCUUCUCGCCGUGUAUGGUGUUGGACUGGUUGUUUUUUCUCCAAUAUGCGGUUGGUUCUCCGAUAGAAUUUCCGCGCGCCGCUGGCCACUUCUCCUCGGCCUGAUCGCGUUGCUCGGCGCGACUGUGAUGUUGAAUGUAGCAACCAGUAUCCCCGUGUUCAUCGUCGGCCGGCUUCUUCAAGGAAUCAGUGCAGCCGUGGUCUGGGUCGUGGGACUUGCCCUGCUCGCUGAUACAGUGCCUAGAAAGUCGCUGGGCCAGUAUAUCGGGUAUGUGAGUCUGGGGAUGACGCUGGGGUUUAUGUUGGGUCCGCUGCUCGGGGGUGUGUUGUUUAAAAAAGCUGGUUAUAAUGGGGUUUGGGCGCUGUGUUAUGCUUUUAUUGGAUUGGACUUUGUGUUUCGUAUUGUUCUGAUUGAGAAGAAGGAUGCGAAGAAGUGGGAUAUUGCUGCUGCCGGUGGCUCGGAUUCGCACGGAGAUGGCCAGACUGAGCGUUCACCUGAGGCCGAAGCAGAGGAAGAGAUAUAUGAUCAGCCUGCAGUCCAAACAGACCCGUCACAAACGCAGACUCGACUCCAAAAGCUGACCUCGCGACUCCCCCCGGUCAUCACCCUCCUCGCGUCUCGCCGUCUCCUCGCCGCUCUAUUCGCCUCGAUCACCCAGGCCUCUCUCAUCGCCUCCUUUGACUCGGUACUCCCUCUCUUCGUCAACGAGACCUUUGGCUGGGAAUCACUGCAAUCCGGAAUCUUGUACCUCACCAUCGUGAUCCCCACGCUGGCAUCCCCGCUCGUCGGUUACUUCUCAGACCGGUACGGAGGUCGCCUGUUCUCCUUUGCAGGUUUUUUGCUCGCCUGUCCGAUUUUUGUGUUGCUGCGUCUGGUAGACCACAACUCUCUUUCUCAAAAGGUGUUGCUAGUCGCCCUGCUCGUGCUUAUCGGCUGCGCAUUGACUCUCUGCUUCCCACCCAUCAUGGCUGAAAUCACGCACGUCGUUAUCGCCAAGGAGGAAUCAUCGCGAAAAUCUACGGGUAGAGUUACUACUUUGGCAAAAGGCGGCGCCUAUGCACAGGCAUACGCGCUGUUCAACGUGGCGUUUGCGCUGGGAACGCUCGUGGGCCCGCUCUGGGGGGGACUGAUCAAACAGCGCUAUGGAUGGAAUACUAUGUCGUGGACACUGGGUCUGCUGUCUGGUGUGACAGCAGUGCCGUGUUUGAUAUGGGUGGAUGGGAGUUUGAGGAGGACGGACAGGGGCGUUUUCAGCAGGAGAUAUCAGUCGUGA